UUGACCCUCAAGUUGAUGGUUUUAGUUUUAAGUGUUGGUUCAUGGUUUUUUGACAUAUGUGCUUGUUGUUCACCAACACUUGACUUUGUUUUAGUUACUUUUCAGAUUUGACAGUUUUCACAUGUAUUCAAUUCCUUUGCUAAUUUGAGACAGAGAUCAAAAUGAACUAGUCUUAAAUAAUCUUGGCGUUUGUCCAUGCUGGACCACGCGGCUUCUCUCUGCUAGUUACUAUAAGGGUGGUCAUAACCACUCAUCAUUCUUUUUAUACCUAUUUAUUCCUUGCCUAAUCAGGAUUUAGAAGCAAUAUUUCAAUAAUUUACUACUGACUUUCCUUUGGGUCAUUAGAAGAAAAAUGGUCCCUGUAGAAACAAUCUUCUAAAUAAAUGAUAGUGUAGAAACGUUUCCUGCAGGCUACAAAGUGACCUCUUGAAAUACACUAAAUUGGUUCUUAUCUGUGGGGACAUUCAGAUCCUUCCUUUAUUUCACUUUGGAAUAGAAGAAUAAAUUGGGAAAAAUGUGCUCUGCAAUCCUCUGCCCUGCCUUAGAGUAUGUAAAUAGCAUCAUGCACAAAAAAUUUUCAAGCUGUCAGGAGUAAAGUAAGUAUGAUAAUUUGGGAUAAUUAAAUGCUUAAGACAAUCAAAAUAGAACUGAUCCUAGUAAGCUUUUCUCACUUGAAGGAAACUUCUUUAAAAAGUAGUUACUGAUCUAAAUGUCUUUCAAUAAGGCUGUUAAAUAAAUUGUGGUACAACAAUCUACAGUUUGAAAUAUUUCAGUCUUUAAAAAAGGAGAAGCAUACCUAUACGUAUGCACACAGAAAAAUAGAUGGUUGUUUUUAAAAAACAAAAAAUGCGAAUAAUUCAUAUACUAUGAUCCCAUUCACAUAAAAAAUAGCAGAAACAGAAUUGAAAUAUUUAUAAAGAGAGAGGGCAUUGACUGGAAAGAUACACACACCAAACCGUACUCAAUUCUGCAUUGAGAGCUUUUGCUUCCGUGUCUAUGUCUUUGUUUUACCAGAUUAUCAACUGCUGUAUUGCCAGAUCAAAUACAGGAUACUUAAUUAAAGUUGAAUUUCAACUAUAAGCAACAAAAUUUUGGGUGCAUUUCCCAAAUACUGCAUGGGACACACUUAAAAGGUAUUCAUUGUUUAUCUGAAAUUGAAGUUUGAGUGUCCUGUAUUUUUAUUUGUUAAAUCUGGCAACUCUACCUUAAAGAGACUUUGAAUUAUUUAUCCUUGUAUUCCUAUUACUAACAUAGUUACAGAGAUAUAGUGGAUUACAAUAAAUAACAUGAGGGGGGUAAUUUAGGAAAGAACUAUCAAAACAGAUGAUUUUGCUAGGUAUGUGACAUAUUUAUCUCAAUUUUCAUGGAAAUAUCUUCAAAUUUCAUUAGUGGUCCUAUUAUAGAAGACACACAGCAGGCAAGUGUCACAGCUAGAAAUGACCCUAAAUUUCUGGGUCCCUAUUCAGCAGCCAUAAGCAAUUGCCAGCUGCAGGAAGGUGGAGGAAGAAGAAGUAAAAAAGGGAACAAGAGGUGAGGUUUACGUUCUGCCUAAGUGGAACAGAGUAGAACUUUGCACAAACUCCUUAAACUUGCCUAGAGGCAGAAUGUGGGAUGUACUAUAUGGGAGGCAGGCAAAUCUGGGCCUGGUUCCCACCUCCAUCACUCAUUUGAACAAGUUAUGUAAUUUAUUUUUGCGUCAAUUUUCUUGUCUGUAAAACUGGAGUGAGAGGACCUAACUUGAGUACCGAUGUGAAGAGUCAAUGAGAUAAUAUCUGUGAUCAGCACAGUGCUUGGCAAGUGGAAGACACUCAGUCAAGCUAACUUAAAGCCCCAGUUUUUUCAUUUGUACAACGGAACAACAACAAUAAUAGCAACAAGCAAUAAUACUAACAAUAUUUAUCUUGCCUCUGAGUUGUCUUGAAAAUCAGAUGAGAAUAUACAUUACGUUUCUAAAUUCUAAAGUGUAUCUCACUCUCCUAACAAAGCAGUUGGUCUUCAGAUCAGGACCAGAGUUAAUAUCAUGCCAGAGCAUUAUUACAGGUUUUUUCCAAUGAGUAAUUAAUUUUAUUUUUAAACUUAUCAUACAGUAAAAUUGACUCUUUUGGUUUACAAAGUUCUAUGAGUUAUAACACGUUGUAUAGGUUUAUGUAACCACCACCACAAUCCGGAUACAGAACAUGACUACAGCUUUAGAGAUUCUUUUUCAGUGUUUUACAUUCAUGUUGCAAAACACUUUUAAAAAUAAGAAAAGAGAUGUAGAUAAACGUGCUGAAGAUGCAAAUUAAUGAAACCAGCUUUUGUGCACAAAUCUCUGCAAUUUCCAGUGUUUUCAGCUUUUGUCUGAGCCAUUUGUGCUGUCGGCUUUGCAGACUAUCUAUUUCUAUAAAAGUAAUCAGGCAUCCAUUCGAGAGUUGGGGUCUUUCUUCACACUAAAGGCACAUGUCCCAGGCACAAGCCUCAGGAUCCUUAUUUGAUCUUUUUAAAUACGACCAGGUCUUAAAUUUCCGAACCAUGUUUUCCCUAAUUGCCAUUUUCUCUCUAAAAUGAAGAAGCCUGGAAGAACCUUCUUAUCCCUUCGGGGAAAUUAUUUAAUUGGGACAAAGGGGAUAUGGAGUUACAGAGAGCAACGAUAGGGCUUUCAGAACCCAAAACCUGUCUGGUAUAAAAACAGAUCCUUCCGGUAACCAAUCAUUCAAUUUGUCCCUCUCCCCAACCCCAUCCUCUCCAUCACCAUCUGCCAGAUGCCCCCUGGGACAAUCGACUUUGAAACCAAACUUCUCUCCCAGGUCAGCUCCUGCAAUCCCCACUCCUCACCCUUGGAGCUUUCUCCACAGAAGUAACUUGACACACCACGCUACAUCUGGGGAGGGGGCGGGUCCGCUUUCCGGGUGACUCAAGUCUUUGCUAUUUGCCUUUUGUUUCUGGGAUGCCUUUGGCUGCCUUUCUCUUCCAUCUGCUUUUAAUUUUGGUAAGAGAAAAGCUAAUGAAUCAGGAAUGAAUCUCCUCUCCACUAAUCUUUUUUUUUCUUUCUCUCUCUCUCUCUUAAAGUUGGCGCGCUCUCUUCACAAGUUCCAUCACUACCCAAGAAGUGAGGGGGCGGGGGGGGGGGGGGGGGACAGGCGGGAAGGCAUUAAUUCCCGCCUAAUAAUAAUAAUAAUAAUAAUAAAACCUAAAUCUGAAGUUUGCGGCCUCAGGUACCACUUUGAUGGGGAGAGCUUCUGAAGCUUCCAUACAACCUGCCGUGCCUUUGCUGCUGCCGCUGUAGAUUUUCAGCUCAUUUCUUUCUGCUGCUGCUUCGCGCUGCUCUGUCAUGCCUAAAUCUAUCUCGUCACUGCCAAAGGUGCCUGAAUCAGGGUGAAUUCCACGAGAUUCACCAGCGGUUUUGCUCUUGUCCAAGGAGGAGGCGCGCAGCCCAGCUCCCCUAGUCUCUCUUCUUAAAUCCCCCUACCUACGGCUGCCGAGGUUGGCCGCGCGGCGGGAGUCUCCCCGACAGUCCUGGCCCUCCCCCGCCCGCCGGGUUGGUUUUUCCCAGCUGCGGAGGUUGGGAGGUUGGGCCAGGGGCUGGGGUGCGAAGAGAGUCGGCGCCCGCAACGCGGAGCCGGGAAGGCGUCGCUACUCUGGUGGAACUCAGAGUUGGUUCUGGAGGCGGCGGACGCGGAGGUCCCUCAGAGGAUCCAGCGAGGGGCGCCAACAAGAGGCGAAGAGGUGCCACCAGGGCGGCGGCAGGAAGAGGAGCGGGAGCAGGAGCGCGGAGCGGAGCGGAGCGUCCCGACCCGCCGUGCGUACUUUCUGGAGGGAAGGGGCGGGGGAAUCGGCCCCGGAGGGAAGCGCCCGGUGGCGAGGGGGUUAGCCAAGUUCCGGCUGCGGCGCCACUCCCUCGGUUCCACGAGAGGAAAGUUUUUUUUUUCCAGACGCUUCCGCCGGCUCGCGCCCUCCGGGCCCAGCCUCCCGAGCCUUCGGAGCGGGCACCGUCCCAGCCCAGCUCCGGGGAAACGCGAGCCGCGAUGCCUGGGGGGUGCUCCCGGGGCCCCGCCGCCGGGGACGGGCGGCUGCGGCUGGCGCGACUGGCGCUGGUCCUCCUGGGCUGGGUCUCCUCGUUUUCUCCCACCUCCUCGGCAUCCUCCUUCUCCUCCUCGGCGCCGUUCCUGGUUUCCGCCGUGUCCGUCCAGCCCCCGCUGCCGGACCAGUGCCCCGCGCUGUGCGAGUGCUCCGAGGCAGCGCGCACAGUCAAGUGCGUUAACCGCAAUCUGACCGAGGUGCCCACGGACCUGCCCGCCUACGUGCGCAACCUCUUCCUUACCGGCAACCAGCUGGCCGUGCUCCCUGCCGGCGCCUUCGCCCGCCGGCCGCCGCUGGCGGAGCUGGCCGCGCUCAACCUCAGCGGCAGCCGCCUGGACGAGGUGCGCGCGGGCGCCUUCGAGCAUCUGCCCAGCCUGCGCCAGCUCGACCUCAGCCACAACCCACUGGCCGACCUCAGUCCCUUCGCUUUCUCGGGCAGCAAUGCCAGCGUCUCGGCCCCCAGUCCCCUUGUGGAACUGAUCCUGAACCACAUCGUGCCCCCUGAAGAUGAGCGGCAGAACCGGAGCUUCGAGGGCAUGGUGGUGGCGGCCCUGCUGGCGGGCCGUGCACUGCAGGGGCUCCGCCGCUUGGAGCUGGCCAGCAACCACUUCCUUUACCUGCCGCGGGAUGUGCUGGCCCAACUGCCCAGCCUCAGGCACCUGGACUUAAGUAACAAUUCGCUGGUGAGCCUGACCUACGUGUCCUUCCGCAACCUGACACAUCUAGAAAGCCUCCACCUGGAGGACAAUGCCCUCAAGGUCCUUCACAAUGGCACCCUGGCUGAGUUGCAAGGUCUACCCCACAUUAGGGUCUUCCUGGACAACAAUCCCUGGGUCUGCGACUGCCACAUGGCAGACAUGGUGACCUGGCUCAAGGAAACAGAGGUAGUGCAGGGCAAAGACCGGCUCACUUGUGCAUAUCCGGAAAAAAUGAGGAAUCGGGUCCUCUUGGAACUCAACAGUGCUGACCUGGACUGUGACCCGAUUCUUCCCCCAUCCCUGCAAACCUCUUAUGUCUUCCUGGGUAUUGUUUUAGCCCUGAUAGGCGCUAUUUUCCUCCUGGUUUUGUAUUUGAACCGCAAGGGGAUAAAAAAGUGGAUGCAUAACAUCAGAGAUGCCUGCAGGGAUCACAUGGAAGGGUAUCAUUACAGAUAUGAAAUCAAUGCGGACCCCAGAUUAACAAACCUCAGUUCUAACUCGGAUGUCUGAGAAAUAUUAGAGGACAGACCAAGGACAACUCUGCAUGAGAUGUAGACUUAAGCUUUAUCCCUACUAGGCUUGCUCCACUUUCAUCCUCCACUAUAGAUACAACGGACUUUGACUAAAAGCAGUGAAGGGGAUUUGCUUCCUUGUUAUGUAAAGUUUCUUGGUGUGUUCUGUUAAUGUAAGACGAUGAACAAUUGUGUAUAGUGUUUUACCCUCUUCUUUUUCUUGGAACUCCUCAACACGUAUGGAGGGAUUUUUCAGGUUUCAGCAUGAACAUGGACUUCUUGCUGUCUGUCUCUCUCUCAGUACAGUUCAAGGUGUAGCAAGUGUACCCACACAGAUAGCAUUCAACAAAAGCUGCCUCAACUUUUUCCAGAAAAAUAUUUUAUUCAUAAAUAUCAGUUUUAUUCUCAUGUACCUAAGUUGUGGAGAAAAUAAUUGCAUCCUAUAAACUGCCUGCAGACGUUAGCAGGCUCUUCAAAAUAACUCCAUGGUACACAGGAGCACCUGCAUCCAAGAGCAUGCUUACAUUUUACUGUUCUGCAUAUUACAAAAAAUAACUUGCAACUUCAUAACUUCUUUGACAAAGUAAAUUACUUUUUUGAUUGCAGUUUAUAUGAAAAUGUACUGUUUUUUUUUAAUAAACUGCAUCGAGAUCCAACCGACUGAAUUGUUAAAAAAAAAAAUAAAGAUUCUUAAAAGAA